AAAUAACUGCUUCCGGUUCACCAGUAGCAGCGGUUGUUUGGCAUGGACAAUAUGUUGCAGUUUAUGAAACUUAUUGGCCAAUUAAAGCGUGUGCCGCGAACGGGCUGGGUGUACAGAAAUGUGAAACAACCAGAGAGCGUUUCAGAUCACAUGUACAGAAUGUCCAUGAUGGCUCUUACGAUUGAAGAUCGCAACCUUAAUAAGGAUAGGUGCAUGAAAAUGGCUCUGGUUCAUGAUAUGGCUGAGUGCAUAGUCGGGGACAUUGCCCCUGCAGACAAUAUCAGCAAAGCAGAGAAACACAGGAGAGAGAAGGAGGCCAUGGAACACCUGACAGGACUACUGAGUGAGGGUCUACGAAAGGAAAUUUACGAUUUAUGGAAUGAGUACGAAACGCAGUCCAGCCCCGAGGCCAAGCUGGUGAAGGAGCUGGACCAGCUGGAGAUGAUCCUGCAGGCCCACGAGUAUGAGCAGCUGGAGGGCACGCCGGGACGACUGGAGGAGUUCUUCACCUCCACACAGGGCCGCUUUCAUCACCCAGAGGUGCUGCGAUUGGUGCAGAGCUUGAAUGCUGAACGGGCGAGGGACAUGGGGAAGGCAGGGGCUGAACAACCCCUAGACACACAGAAGAAAACAGACACUCCAGCAAACCCACCAUCCAACUCUAAAUCUCAUGACUGAAAUAUACCUCGAAACCUCCACUGAACCGAUGUGUGUGUGCGCACACACCCACACACAUUUGCUCCCCCUUAAUGUCACUGUUUCGUACGUCAUUUUUUAAGGCUUUAUGAAAAGGCUGUGAGAUGUAACAUACUGUAUGGCGAGUUGUAAUUAAGUUGUCAUACACAAGGUGGCGUUGCAACUACUCAAUCAACAAAUUACAAAGAAAGGGUUUAAGAAUAACUGUUUGUAGUAGGGGUGUACCCUUACAGUUCCUUUGAUUAACAUGAUGUUUUACCUCAGGCAGCUUGGAGAUAAUGAUCAAUAAUCCAAGCUGUCAGACAACUCCGAACAGCAUGGGCCCCCUCUGUCUAUCCAGGACUAAAUGCAAUAGUCACACAUUAAGGUCAGUACUUGAAAGGUGAAACGGUCUAAAAAUGAAUAAACUUUACACCUCACAAUGUCAGUUUCACAUUUACAUUAACAAAUAUCAUGUCAGCAGUAUAUAAAAUUGUAUUUCUUUAAGUUUUAUGUAAUUAUACUGUUAAUAUGGUCUGAGUAUGCAUCACAGUGUUCAACGUUGCCCUCAGUAUGGCAUUUUGUUUUUGGUAUUUGCAAGUAUCUUUGUAUGUUUUUUUCAGACCUUGAUGUUUUUAAGUUUCCCCCUUGUAUAUACAAAUUCAAAUUUUUGAAAAGCCAUGUUCUGUAUGGAGAUUUGUGUUUUUAAAAAUUAAACAAAACAUACAUCAUUAA